CUGAAGCAAACCUCGAAGCCUAUUCUUCUCAAAACCCUCGAGCUUUUCUUUCUCCCUUGAAACCUAUUCUUCUCAAAACCCUCAAGCUUUUCUCUCUCGCUCGAACCCUAUUUGAUCUCUUUUUGGAGCUCUUGCGAUUUCACAUCUCUCUCGAGCCCUCUUCGCUCUCGCCGUCCUUCUCUCGAGUCCUCUUUACUAUCACUGUCCCUCUCUCGAACCCUUGCUUCUUCCCCCUCUCUCUCGAACUGUCGUCGCAUAACAACGUAGCAAUCUCGUUGUCCUUCAUUGACGAAGCAAUCACCUUCAUCGUUCAUUUUGGAGCCGUAGUUCGACGCUGAGAGAGUACCUUCAUUAACCCUAGGUUCGUGAUAAUAUUCCAGGAGCGGGAAGGAUUCGGAGAGGAGUGAAAAAUAAGAAAAUUGUUCGGUGAGAAAUACGAAUUAGGUCGCGUGUUCGGUGGAAAAGGAGGAUUCAACGGCUGAAUCAAUGAAACGUGGCAAAAUGAGAAUGUAAUCGCUGGAUUCGAUGGAGAAGGCUGUAGUGAUUUAUCAGAAAAUAUCCCCAAAUUUAUGUUCUUUCACUUCUCUUCGACAUUUAUGUAAAUGUUUUUGUGCAGGUUCAAGAAGUGUACGAAAUUUCAGCUGAGUAUGAAGGAAAGCGUGACCCUAAGAAACUGGAAGAACUUUGAAAUAUGAUAACUAUUUUGGAUGCAUGGGACUCAUAUUGUUGCCCAGUCCUUUUCCCAGAUGCUUAACUUGGCCAACUUGGCCGAGGAGGUCCAGAUUUGUCGCCGCCGAAGGAACAAGGUUAAGAAAGGAGAUUUUGCAGAUGAGAAUAAUGCAACUACAGAAUUAGCGUUGGCUUUCUUACUCUCUAUACCUUUAUUAUUCUCAGUAUUGUUUCGUUAUUUGGUUUUGAUAUAUUUAUAUGCACCCUACUUUCUGUUUCAAGAUAAGCAUCUAAAUUAUCUAUUAUAUAUUUAGUGAGUAUGCUUUCUUGUCUCAAUUUUUGCAUGGGAAUUAACUACUUUUUGGUUUGCGCUGAAGAAUUUUUCAUUGCCCAGGCGGUAAUGCAGAUUAUGCUAUGGAUAUGCACCAGAAAGAACAACUUCAUGACAAUUUGUACCAAUGAUGCAAUCACAAUAUUUCUCUAUGAUUUUGUUGUCAAAGUUAGAUCUUUGCAGGCCGACUGUUUAUCAGUUGCAUUGCAGCUUCUUUUAAAGCUUAAGAGACACCUAAAAAUCAUGUAUAGUCUUGACGAAGCCCAUUGUCAGGUAAAAUUAUACGGUGCAUCAUCAUCACUUACGCAACAUCAUGCCCAAAGAUGAAGCACAAUUAUAUGCCUCCAAUGAGUUGUACACACAUCUCCCUCAAUCUGUCCUUUUUGUUUCUUUUGUUGAUUUUUUGGAUGAUUUGAACUCAUUUGUAAUUUCUUUUGGGAAUACUAAAAUUUUGGGUAAAUUAAAUAAUGCAUAGUUUGUACAUAACCGCUUAGUUUUAGUGCUUAUGCACGAAUCGAAGUAUGAAUUUUUAUUAUUUAUUAUGAUAUUUUCAUUUUGUUAGACGUGUUAUAUCAGCUUUGUACUAUUAUUUUAUAUUUAAAACACGUAAUUAUUUGAAUUAAUGAAUUAAUUUAAAACAUGGUUGAAUUAAUGAAAUAUCUAUCUGAAUUAUUGAAAUUUGAAUUUAAAAAUGGUUGCCUCUGCGUUGGAAUUUUAAAUAAAUUUCAUUAAAAAAUGUUGCAUAUUUUCCACCCUUCUGAUGAAGGAUUUGAAUAGAAUUUAUUUUCCACCUUUUAAAGUAUAUGUAGAUUAUGCUAUCCUCUCACUGGAAAUAACCUGCGUAUUAGUAUAUUGCAUACCUUAUGUAGGUGAGGGUGUAUUAAGCCUCACAGGUUAGAAUGCAAGAUUUAAUUCAAAACCCAUUUGCCACUCAGCUUUGAAUACCUUAAACUUUAUGUUCUAUAGCGAAGAGGUCGACCACGACAUUACUUUUAGCUUAUUAGACGUUGACACUGCCAUUUUUUUCUGUUUUUUUUAUUAUUAUUGACACUUGAAGGUUUUUCAUUAAUUAUAAU